GCGUGUUGAGCACAUUCUGGAUUACUCAUAGGGUCUUCUUUUUCCGACGCAAAACCGUGAUCUGGAUUUAUAAUCGCCCUAUAAAUCUCCAGGGGCGGUCAGGCACCUGCAAAGGAGCCCCGCCACUCCGCCGACCAGCGGCCCCCGCAAGCAGCGGCCUCGUGAUUCCCCCGCGGAACCCGUCUCCGCCUCCCCCAUUCCACCCCCGCCUCCCCUGAAGCUGAGCAGCCACCUUUCCGAAUCUCUCUCCUCUCCUCCUGGCGCUCGCGUGCCGGACGGAGCUAGCAAGAGAGAGGUGGCAGCUGGAGGCGACGCUGGGCGAUUACGCCUGUGACAGAGCCAAGCCGAGCCGAGCGGAUUGCUGGGCACUGCUGAGGAGCGGCGGGAGCGCUCAGCUCGUGGCUAACGAUCUGAAGUGGCUUCUCAUUGCAGCCUGAUCCUGCAGCCGACUCACGGAGGACCCUGGACAGCAGAGGCCCCGGGACGAUCGAGGUGAUGGCGUCUUCAACCCCUUCCUCGUCCGCCGCUGCCUCGAACGCGGGAGCUGAUCCCAAUACCACCAACCUGCGCCCCACAACGUAUGACACUUGGUGUGGCGUGGCCCAUGGAUGCACCAGAAAACUGGGGCUCAAGAUAUGUGGCUUCUUGCAAAGGACCAACAGCCUGGAGGAGAAGAGCCGACUAGUGAGUGCUUUCAAGGAGAGGCAGUCCUCCAAGAACCUGCUUUCUUGUGAAAACAGUGACCGGGAUACCCGCUUCCGGCGCACAGAGACCGACUUCUCCAACCUGUUUGCGCGAGAUCUGCUUCCGGCUAAGAAUGGAGAGGAGCAAACCGUGCAGUUCCUACUGGAGGUGGUGGACAUACUCCUCAACUAUGUCCGCAAGACAUUUGAUCGCUCCACCAAGGUGCUGGACUUUCAUCACCCCCACCAGUUGCUGGAAGGCAUGGAGGGCUUCAACUUGGAGCUCUCCGACCACCCCGAGUCCCUGGAGCAGAUCCUGGUGGAUUGCAGAGACACCCUGAAGUAUGGCGUCCGCACAGGUCAUCCUCGAUUUUUCAACCAGCUCUCCACUGGAUUGGAUAUCAUUGGCUUAGCUGGCGAAUGGCUGACAUCAACUGCCAAUACUAACAUGUUUACCUAUGAAAUUGCACCAGUGUUUGUCCUCAUGGAGCAAAUAACACUUAAGAAGAUGAGAGAGAUAGUUGGAUGGUCAAGUAAAGAUGGUGAUGGGAUAUUUUCUCCUGGGGGAGCCAUAUCCAACAUGUACAGCAUCAUGGCUGCUCGCUACAAGUUCUUCCCGGAAGUUAAGACAAAAGGCAUGGCAGCCGCGCCUAAACUUGUCCUCUUCACCUCAGAACAUAGUCACUAUUCCAUAAAGAAAGCUGGGGCUGCACUUGGCUUUGGAACGGACAAUGUGAUUUUGAUAAAGUGCAAUGAAAGAGGGAAGAUUAUUCCAGCUGAUUUAGAGGCAAAAAUUCUUGAAGCCAAGCAAAAGGGAUACCUUCCUCUUUAUGUCAAUGCAACUGCUGGCACGACUGUUUAUGGAGCUUUUGAUCCGAUACAGGAGAUUGCAGAUAUAUGUGAGAAAUAUAACCUUUGGCUGCAUGUCGAUGCUGCCUGGGGCGGCGGGCUGCUCAUGUCCAGGAAGCACCGCCAUAAACUCAGUGGCAUAGAAAGGGCCGACUCAGUCACCUGGAACCCCCACAAGAUGAUGGGCGUGCUGUUGCAGUGCUCUGCCAUUCUUGUCAAGGAAAAGGGUAUACUCCAGGGAUGCAACCAGAUGUGCGCAGGAUACCUCUUCCAGCCAGACAAGCAAUACGAUGUCUCCUAUGACACUGGGGACAAGGCAAUUCAGUGUGGCCGCCAUGUGGACAUUUUCAAGUUCUGGUUGAUGUGGAAAGCAAAGGGCACCGUGGGAUUUGAAAAUCAGGUCAACAAAUGCCUGGAACUGGCCGAGUACCUCUAUGCCAAGAUUAAAAACAGAGAAGAAUUUGAGAUGGUUUUCAGUGGCGAGCCUGAGCACACAAACGUCUGUUUCUGGUACAUUCCACAAAGCCUUAGAGGUGUUCCAGAUAGUCCUGAGCGACGGGAAAAGCUACACAGGGUGGCUCCAAAAAUCAAAGCCCUAAUGAUGGAAUCAGGCACAACCAUGGUGGGCUACCAGCCUCAAGGAGACAAGGCCAACUUCUUCCGGAUGGUUAUCUCGAACCCAGCCGCCACGCAGUCCGACAUCGACUUCCUCAUUGAGGAGAUAGAAAGACUGGGCCAGGACCUGUAAUCCACCGCUGCGGAACCCGCGUUUAUGGAACUCCCUUUCCCCUCUGGCCCUCUAGAGCAAACCUCCGUAAGUUGCUGAACACUUAGGCCAUUUCACUGAGGAAAAAUAUACUAUCUUGAAGAAUACUGUUAAAACCUUACUUAAAAGCUUGUUUGUUAUAGUUAGCAGGAAAUGUUCUUUUUAAAAAGUUGCACAUUAGGAAUACAGUAUAUAUGUACAGUUAUAUAUACCUCUCUCUCCCUAUAUAUAUAUAUAUGUAUGUAUAUGUAUAGUGAGUGUGGCUGAGUAAUAGAUCACAGCAUGUUUCCCUCUUCAAGAGAAUUUGCUUUAUCUUCAGCAGUUACUGAGGGACUAAACAUGCUGCAAACUAGCUUGCCCAACAACCACAGGAAAGAUGGUUUUCAAACUGUAGUGUCUUAGGAACCGAGGGAAGUUGACCUCAAAGUCAGUGUUGCUCCUGUCUGAAGUAAUGACCGAUGAGAAGCAACACCACUAGGUGACUCUUGUCACACCCUCCCCGUUAGGAUCCUAUUAAGGGAAAGUAGUAGCAGAGUCGUUGUAACCCGUGUGCUAUUGCUGUAUUUUUAGAGAUUAAUAUGUGUCAGUUGUGUAUAUUACUGUCGUCUGACCUUGGGGGGAGGGGAAGAACAUAUGUAAUGAAUCCAAUGAUUGUUUAAUUGUAGGUAAAUGAAAUAUUUAUAUUCAGAUAUUUACCAUGCUGAAGAGGUGUCUUGUAUUUUCUUCCCAUUUGUAAUGUAUUUUAUUUAUAUAUUAUUGAAGUAAGUUCUGAACACUGUUUAUGGUAUUUUCGUGCAUUUGUGAGCCAAAGAGAAAAGAUUUAAAGUAGUGAGACUUGUGUUUAUAUUAGAGUGCCCUUAAAAAAUGACAUAAGCCUAAGUUUGCUGUCUGUAAAAGAAUUCUGAUACUGUAUAUAAAGUCGUAUAUAUGGAAAUCCCAUUACUUAAAUAGCAUCUGCUCUUCUGUUACCCUCUCUGUCUGGCUAUAUGUUUGGUGUUCUCCAAGCUUUUCUAGGAACUGUUGGGUAAUGACUAGACCCCUGUAAUUUUGAGUAGUACAUGACCAAUCUCUGUGACUCGCUUAGCUAAAACCUAAGGCCAUGUUUCUGAAGACCUUCCGAAGAGCUCAGAUAAACUGACCAGGCUCACAACUGUUUUUGAAGACAGGAAAUUCACACUGUGCGUUUUAGAGUAUGCAAGAAGAAUAUCAAUAAAUAAAAAUAUUCUCCAUGGAGAAUUUGAACGAAAA